UCGCCUCUGUACUCUUGUCUCUUGACGUCUAUGAUAAACUAGGAAAUACUAAAUUUCCAGUUUUGUUAGAUGCUUGAAAAGGUAGUGCAUUAAAUUGAACGGCAAAGUAAGCCAUAUUUGUUUACAUUCGACAGCAUGUAGUUUAAGGUUAACUUCGCUAUGCUCAUGUGAAAAGUGCCUACUCUGUGUUGUAAAUUAGCGAAUUUCUUAAACUCGCAUCGUGUAAUGUAGCAUAAUCAUAAGGGCAGCUGCUUAUCAGGUAAAAAAAAUUGAAAACGGGAAACUCCGUGGGAUCAUCUGGAACGAGAUGCCAAAACGCAUGCGCUACAGUUCGCGCCAAUGCCGGGUACAGAUGGCAGAUGUUUUGUAACAGCAGUUAAAGUGUAGACGGUACGUCGAAUCUGACACUAAAAUUUAUAUAUUUUUUGUUUCUAUUUGGGAGUAUUUUUCGUCAACGAAUUCAGCGGGCGGGAGCCUUUUAACUUGGCCGUUAUGAAUUUCGAAAUUUUCUGACAAACUCAUUCAUAAUGUUUUUUAAAUGUGUUUUUUCUGUGCUUUUCGUGCUUUUGAGGUAUCCACAGGAAACCAUUUUGUUCAAUAUUCGAGAACAUGUAAUUUUUUCGUAAAAUCUGAAAAAAUGAUAACGAAUUUAUCCCAUUCAAACUUGGCAGUUGCAUAGAUGAAGGCCAUAGACUGGUAAAAAUUUCCCGACUGAUAAAUAUGAUUUAGAAACAACCCGUGGUCACAAUGCCAAAGCAAAUUAUCCGUCGUAGCGAUAGCCCUAGAGGUUACAAAGUGGUGGCUUCAUAUUCCACCCCAGACAUGACACUGGUUAAGUCAGAAUAUACACCAAGCCCUCAUUUACUGGACCAUGGGUAUGGAGCUACUCCGAUUAAUCAACUUAUGAGCAAUACACCUGCCUCGGCACCAUCAGUUAAAAGAAAAUUGAACCUGGAAUCACAAAGCUAUAGUGUAGUGCCAUUAGCAACUCACGAAUUUAAAACGCCACAGCCCAAAAAACAAAAACGACCAGUUUCCUUGAGGAAGAACACUAGGUAUGAUACUUCCUUAAGUUUGUUAACGAAGAAGUUUUCAGAGCUGCUAGAGAAGAGUCCUAAUGGUGUAGUAGAUUUAAAUAAAGCCUCAUCUGAUCUAAAAGUACAAAAAAGGCGAAUCUAUGAUAUAACAAAUGUUUUGGAAGGAAUUGGGCUUUUGGAAAAGAAAUCGAAAAAUAAUAUCCAAUGGACAGGGGGAAAGGACAAUACUAGUUUUUUUAUGCUAAAAAAGAAGUUGAAAAUUUUGGAAGAUAGAGAGAAUCAAUUGGAUAGGCAGUUAGAAAUGGCAGAAAGAGAACUCAGGAAUUUAAGCAAUGACAAGUAUGGUUAUGUGUCAUAUCAAGAUUUAAGAUCAAUUCCCAAAAUGAAGCAUAAGACUGUGAUGGCAAUCAAAGCGCCACCCAAUACAAAGCUAUCAGUUCCAACUGGUGAUGAUAAUGAUGAUGAUCGCUACAGCAUUCAAAUGAAAUCUACUGAAGGACCUAUUGAGGUAUAUUUGUGUCCAGAACCUCCAUCACCUGUAAAACCGAGACCAGUACCACCAAUGGAUCCAUUACUCAAAGAUAUUAGGUUGAGUCCUGGUUUGUUUGAUAUCGUCACCCCACCAGUUCCUCAAUUGGAUAGCCCUCCACCACCACAUAGGCCUAUUUCAUCCCAGGUUUGUCGGUCAUUGUCGUUUAUUAAAGAUGAAUUUGAAACGGGUGGAUCAUCAUCAUCAACUUACUCUAAUGGGGCAAAUGUCAGCGAUCCCUUAUCUUUUUCGGGUGUUACCCCAUCUAUGGUUAAAAUGGAUCCUAGCCUGGACAGUCCGCCAACCACCGCAAGUUCUAAACAUAUUGAAGGGAAUCAAACUCCAAGUACCUGUUUGAAAAUGUUAUUUGGUGAUUCUUGCAGUUCACCACUGGUUAAUAGGUAUCAGAGUCAAGGGAACAUCAAUGAGCACAGGACGAGUAAUGGUCUGGAUCCGUUUUUUUGUGGGGAACCUUUUGUACCUCUUGAGCCACUUAUGCAACCAGAGUACAAUUUUAGUUUGGAUACGACAGAAGGUCUGGCCGACCUUUUUGAUUAUGACUUUUUGUCAUCAUGCUAGAUGUAAGCGUAACCACAUUGCUCACAUUAUUAACAAUACCAAAAUUCUAUAAAUUUUCACUUGAUCUUUAAAAAUCUUUUCAAAAGUUGUCAUGCAAAGAAAAUUAUAUGUUGUCUGUUAUUUCACCUGUAAAUUGGUAUUGAAUUUCUGUUGUCUGGUUCAGUAAUUCAGGCACAUGUGUGGCAACUUUGAAUGCUAAAAAUUCGUUACACGACUGUUAAUAUUACUUAUCUUUAUUUACUUUUUAUGUUGUAUAUUUUCGGCUAGUUCUUACUAGAUACAAAAUACGAAGAAUUUGGACCAAAGUGCCUAUCUCCUUUUGGUCAUAAUGAUUUUGAAUGGGAUGCAAUUGAAUGUCUUAUUCUUAUUUAUUUUUAAUAUUUUAUUAUCAUUUAUAGUAUUUAUAUUAAACAUUCAGAAUCUUUUUGAAAUGGAAUCAGAUGGUGCCAUGAAAAAAGCAACAAACAAUUUAUAAAGAUCAGUUUCCCUUUGUAAAUAUAUUUAUAAUAUAUACGUGUGCUUAUUGGGCAUUUUUCACUUCGUCUGUUUUAUUUCUGUAACUAGAUGUUUUAAGUUGAAAACAAUAUAAAUGUUUUACCUAUUGUUGUAUAUUUUUGUUUUAGAGGUUAUUUUGGACACCCAUUUAACCUGUAGAAGAACAUUUAGUUGCAAUAUGUCCGUACUAGUCUUAAUUUAUUUGUUUUCACUUUUUCUUUUAAUAAUUGUAAGCCCAGAUAUAAAAAAGUCAAUUUGCAAUUAUUAUUUCAUUGUAAUUUGCACUAAGAUUUACAUAAGUUCGAUUUUUCGAUAAUUUAGUGGGUUCUCUGUGUCAGUUGCCAAUUAAUUUUUGUUUUGUGAAAUGGUAAACCUGGUACAAAAAAAAUCAUUUCUAUUCAAAUUUUUGAUGUAAACAAAACACGUUAUUUUACGAUUAAAAUGAGGCGAAAAAUAUUUUGGUAUUUGGGUGUUUAUGAAAGGUGUUUUUAUGUAUUGAAACUGAGAAGUUCAAUUCUUAACAAUUUUAGCUUCCGAAGCAAAGCUUAUCUUUCUGGGUUCUUUUAGUACCGACUGAUUCCAAAUCAAUGUCUUUCAUUACAACACUACAAGUUAGUGGGUGUUUUUUUUUCUCUAGUUUUUUUCUACUUAGUACAAUUUUUAUUUUUAAUUAUAACUGUUACAAAUUUGUAAAUAACUUUGAUUAUUUUAAUGUUUAUCUCUGCAAAAAAGAUAUUAAUGUCCAAGCCAUAGAGGCCUUACUAUUGACGAUUUUUGUAGAUGUCAUCACAGAUCCAAAUACAUUUCUACAAUGUAUAUAAAUUAUAUUAAUAAACAAUAGAU